UCAUGUUACCUUCGUCAAUGAAAAUUAACUCUCCAAAUCUCAGCAGAAGGUCACGAUGGACACGUGACCAAAUGUGAUGUCUACAUCUUCUGGAUCAUCUCAUACUAAUGCAUACAACGGCGAACCUAAUUCCCGCCACGUCAGCUCAAGUCUUUCCCGUGCAAAACAGGAAUGUGAUAAAAAAAUAAUUCGAUACGAAAGAGAACUCGACGGAAACGUAAACAAAAUGGGUGCGCGAGAGAAGGUAUUGAGAGACUCAAUGUUGGCAUAUACAGAACGCAUGCGCAACAUUGCGACUUCCCGCCAGUUCGUUGAGCCGGAUAGGUUUUCUUCACCGGAGUCUUUACCUCUUGUGGUUCAUGCGAAACAUAUUCCUAAGUUUCCGGUUAUGAAAAAUAAGAGAAAGCCAGCAUCUCUUGACGAACUUAUUGGAAGUCAGGCUGAAAAAGCUAGACGUUUGUACAAUAAACCCGGAAGUAAGUUAGCACUUCCGGCACUUCCUGACCGACUCAACAAACGUACGCAUCACGUGAAAAUAAGUUUUGUUAGUGCAUCUGACCUUUACGACUUUGUAGAUUUCAGUAUCAGAAACAAAGCAUCGAAAGAGGAGGCGAUAAAGAUGCUUAAGAACGAAGCGUUUAGCAGACGGUCAAUGCGUCCGCAUGGCGCCAAACACAGAGACAGACCAGAUUCUGACAAGGCAACUAAAUCAUCAGACUCACCAACUCCGUCAUUUGAUGACGAAAGUGAUAAUCAAGGUAAAUUAAAUGAUAGCUACGGAAAUCUAUUUGAACCCACUGUAGUUAGCUAUAGCAGUUCUUCAAACGACGGCGAUAGAUCCGACACAAAAAGCAGCGAAGACUCGUCUACCAGUGGGGAUCUGUCUGACAAUGACGUUCCCGCGCUAUCGUUCGAUGCUUUGAAAAUUAGACCAAAGAGGGCAAAAAGAAUGACACUAUAUCAACCUCAGCUAAACAUUAUUCCAGAAAAUGCUAUAAUGUUUCAAAAGGCAAAGAAAAGGAGAGAAAUUUCUGUGACGUCACCUCCUCCGAAACAAUCCCCUCGCACUAUUUUGAACACAGUUCCUAGUUUAUCAGCCAUUCCUGAGUACGAGCAUUCGUCCAAUGGGGACGAGGAAUACUGGAACAAGAAAAAGAAAGCAAGAGCUCUUCGAAGGGGAGAUAGUCAAACUCACAAUGGUGUUAGACUCGAACCGAUUUCACAAGUGGAACAUCCACAAUUAAAAACUAAAAUGAAAGCUCAAAAGAAAAUCCGGAAACUGAUUUAUCUUCGCGAUGUUCCAGAGAAAAAAUACCAUCAUUAACGAAAA